UAUUGCACCUCAUUUGCACCCACAGCAGUUAUCACCACUUUUUAUUCACACUAUCAGCAUAUCCUGUCUUUAGCACCAAAGUUCAAAGGUCAAAGUUAGUGAAAACACCUGUCAACACAAAAUGGAUCACUUGGCGAAGCUUCAAAAGAGCAUUGAUGGCAUGAAGGCCAUGUUCGAGUCGCGGAUGGCCUCUUUUGAGAGUUCUGUGGCCACCCAGGGGACAGAGGCGCUGCCAGGCGAGUACAGUGCAUUUAAAGAUUUUGUUUGCAAAGCCGUGUCGAGUCUCCAAAACCAAAUGGAAUUUGUGUCGAGAACCCUUGAGGACAUGGAGUCGCGUUCCCGAGCCAGCAUUCUUCUCCUUCAUGGCGUACCUGAGGCACAAGGCGAAGAUACUUCAGCUGUAGCGGUGGACAUUCUCCAACAGACCUUAAAGGUGGAGGGAGUAACUCUCACGGCUUGCUAUCGGCUGGGAAGCAAUUUGACGCCAUCAAGGCCCCGGCCUGUCCUUCUUAAGUUCAGCUGCCACAGGAUUAGAGAUGCAGUCUGGGCCGCUAAGAAGUUGCUGAAGGGCUCGGGCAGAACUCUGUCAGAGUUUCUCACUAGCACCCGGCAUGCAGUAUUUCUGGAGGCCCGCAAGCGGUAUGGUGUGAAGGGCAGUUGGACGAGUGAUGGGCGCAUAGUAGUGCAAUGCCACGACGGGGUGCGCCGCAAGGUUGUUACGCUGGCGGAGUUGGAGGCGUUACCGGCCCCGGCUUGUGCUGCUGAAGCCGAUGGAGGAGUGCGGACAGAGACGGAAGCAGUGGCCGGAGUGAAGGCAUCAUCGGCGGCGGUAGCACCGAGACCAUCACGCCAAGCGAGGUUUGCUGCGGGCUCCGGUGUCGGCAGGCGUUGAGAACAUGCAUGGUUGGUGUUCGUUGUUUCUAUGUCAGUGGCAAUCAACGUGUUACUUUUGUUUUAUCAAAUUUUUGCUAUGACGUCACAAAAUCAAAGUUUCUCUUUAUAUUUGUAGCGGUACAUUACAAAAUCACUUUAGGUUUUGCAGCGGUAGAAUUAAAACAUUUAGUUACG